AAGCCCGUGCCGACCCAGGAGUUGCUCGUCAGCAGCAGCAAAAAUGUCACCCGCAGCAGGCACCCGAACCUGAUCUGGAACCUGCCCUGCCAGUGAACGGCCACAAUGACCACCCAGGCUGCUCUGAGUUAACCGUUGGACUCCCUCAAAGUGUCGACGCUGCACCGCAGCCCGAGUCUAUGCCUACUCCACCGGAGUGUGGCAGCGAUAAAGUCGGUCUCGAGUUGGCGUCAAGUCUGCCGUUGCUGGACUUCGAGCGAUCCGAGCACGGAUUUCAGCCCGCUCCCGAUGACUCCACUGCCCAAAGCCCCCGCGAUGAUGCCCUUGAGAGCGAGACGCCGUUAACUGGCGACCUGCCGUUGCUUGCCAAGGGCAGUUCCAACCCGGAAUUCGAUUCUGGGCCUUACAGCAUGGCGCACCAUGAUCGCGAAGGUGACGAGGCAACACGUCCUUCACCGUCUCGCGUGGAGAAGCUCGAAGUGGUAUCCAGCCCCGACAGGUACUGCGCCGUUCACUGUGACGGCAAAACACCCUCAAGGUCUCCGCCAUCGCACCACGACGAUUCCGGCCGGGCACCUGCACCUCUCCACGACGGGGAUACCCCUGGGGACGAUUCGGUAUCAAGCGUGGACCUUCUUGUGCCGCCGGACACGGACGAGGACGACUCCCAACAGGACCGCCGACCAACCGCUAGGGAGAAUGCGGUGGAAGGCAGUGCACUUGGGGAGGGUAUGGCCGGGCGAGAGCUUGAUCGCAGUCAACGCCAUCGGCUGGCCGACUGAUGGAAUUGUUGACUGUAUCGAUGGAUUGGGACAAUGCCCGCCGGAGGUAGUUGGGAUAGUGGAGGGCGAUGCAUCCUGCCCAGUGCUUCGGGGAAUCAGCGCUCAGGGAUAUCAGGAUAGAGGCAUCUAGAUCGCUUUGGUAGACAACAAGGGCAAGUAAGAAUCCUUGAGUCCUGAUCGUUCGGCCAGCAUGAAAAUGCAUAAUGAUUAGUCACUAAUGGAGUGAACGGUCGAACCUGGCUCCCCAUUUGGGUC